GCGCCCCUCGGGCCAAACCGGCCCUGGGCUGCCAGUCGCUGCACGGAGCUGUGGAGCUCGACUGCGUUUCCCGGACCAGACCCGCUCUCCCGGAGACUCGUGCCCCCUGCCCGGCCAUGGAGCCUGCCCCCGACGCCGAGGAGGCGCGCACCGUGCGCGAGGCGCUGGGCCGCUACGAGGCAGCGCUGGAGGGCGCGGUGCGCGCGCUACACGAGGACAUGCAGGGGCUGCAGCGCGGCGUGGAGCAGCGCGUGGCCGAGGCGCUGCGCCUGGCCGGGCCGCUGGCGCGUACGGUGGCCGAACUGCAGCGCGACAACCAGCGGCUACAGGCGCAGCUCGAGCGCUUGACGCGCCAGGUGGAAGCUUUGGGCUUGGCGACCGGGAUGGCCCCCACGCCCGGCACGCCCAGCCCUCCGCCCGCGCCCAGUGUCCCGGACCGCGCGCCCCGCCUGGGCACUGCGCGCUUCGCCAGCCACGCCACCUUCUCGCUGUCGGGCCGCAGCCAGAGCGUGGAUCAACAUGACGAGGCCAGUGGGUCUGAGACCAGAAGGACCUCAAACUCGUGCAUCUUCGAGAAUGGGCACCAGCCUGGGGCAGGUCUCGGUGAUGGACCCCCAGAGGCUCCCCAAACCAUCCCAGCACCAGAGCCCCCCAAGCCUCGCCCCGUGAGCCUGUCCUUGCGCCUGCCUCACCAGCCAGUCACGGCCGUCACGCGCGUCUCCGAGAGGUUCUCUGGGGAGACCUCGGCCACAGCUCUCUCGGCCACAUCUGCUGCCAUCCUGGGGAGCCCCAGCGAGGCCACCACACCCUGGACUCCCAGUCCCAGUGAGAAGAAUUCUUCCCUCUCAAGGUCUUUGUCCACGCUGACGGCCAGCAGGAACAACGACAGCAGCCCACCUCUGGUGACGCCGCCCCAGUCGCCCCCAUCCCCACAGCCGCCAGCCACGACGCAGGCCCAUCGGCAGGGGGAGCGUCGCCGGGAACUGGUGAGGUCGCAGACUCUGCCCCGAACCUCGGGGGCACAGGCCCGGAAGGCGUUGUUUGAGAAAUGGGAGAAGGAUACAGCGGGCAAGGGGCGGGGUGAGGCCCGGGCGAAGCUGAAGCGCUCGCAGAGCUUCGGGGUGGCCAGUGCCAGCAGCAUCAAGCAGAUCCUGCUCGAGUGGUGCCGCAGCAAGACGCUCGGCUACCAGCACGUGGACCUGCAGAACUUCUCCUCCAGCUGGAGUGACGGCAUGGCCUUCUGCGCCCUGGUGCACUCCUUCUUCCCCGACGCCUUCGACUACAACGCCCUGAGCCCCACGCAGCGGCGGCAGAACUUCGAGCUGGCCUUCACCAUGGCCGAGAACCUGGCCAACUGCGAGCGCCUCAUUGAGGUGGAGGACAUGAUGCUGAUGGGCCGAAAGCCGGACCCCAUGUGUGUCUUCACUUACGUCCAGUCUCUGUACAACCACCUGCGUCGCUUUGAGUGAAGCCCCUUGGGGCUGGAGAGCCAACCCCCGCACCAGGAGACCAUGGGGCUGCCUGUGUAACCGAGUCAUGAUCCCCCCGCCCCCGAGAGUUGCAUUCGGGUGUGAGAGCGCGUUUGUCCUGUGCCCUGUGGCUGCGCUCCCCGUUACCCAUGGAUAGGACUGCUGAGCUGCUGAGCUGCGCUCCCACGCAAGGAAAUGUUACCAGAGAGAGACAUUGGUGCUAAGAAAUUCCUUUAAAAAAAGAAAAAAAAUAGCUCGUCGAUAGAUUCCAGAAGGCUGAAUCACACGGUUCCGUCUGCUGAACUGGAUCCAGUGGCUUUACAGGGUUGCGUUGAUUACCAAGUGGUGUUUUGGUUUGGUUUGGGUUUUGUAAUCAAAAUACCCAGCGUUUUCUACUUCCUCCCACUAUCAUAGGUUCCUUUCCUCCCUCCCUCUGGGCCACUGCCAGGAAACAGAGACGCUUAAUCAGCAGCUUGACAAAGAACACCGAAGUCUUGGGAAGAAACCGUUUAAUCACUCCCAGGUCCUGGGCAACAGAUGACCUUCAAGUCACCUCGGCUCUCUGGGGAGAUGGGAAGGCUCUCGCCUGGUCCCAGAGUGUUCCUGUCCUUCCCAGGGGGCCCCACAAGGGUUUGGCUAAGAAUAGGCGCUCGGGAGUUAACCCUUUUAGGGAAGGACUGGCCCUUGGUGCUGCGAGGUCGUUUUUAUUCACAGCUCUCUUUUUUAGGGGAUUUGCUACAGAUAUUUAUAAGAAGUAAUUCCAUCUGUAUGUACCAUUGACCGUUUGUACAUAAAAAGCUGUGUGUCGCA